AUGGCGCCGCCCCCCCUCACCGGCCCCGCGGAGGCCGCGGACCUCGCGAAGCGCGACGCCCUCCGCGCCGCGAAAGCGUCCUGGCACGCGAACGAGCGCGCGACGCUCAGCGCGAAGCACUUCGUCGGCGACGGCGACGUCGGCGUUCGAACGACGCUCCGAUCGUCCGAUCUCGCCCCGGGCGCGAACGCGAUACACGUCCGCAACGCGACCGACUGCGAGUACGUCCUGGAGUCGGACGUCCGCGUCGCGAAGGUGUUCGUGGAGGCGUGCGCGCGGUGCGUCGUGACCGUGAGAUGCGCGGUCGUGACGGAGCAUCUCGAGGCGUGGGGAUGCGACGCGCUGACGCUGCGCUGCGAGGCGCCGAUCGCGACGGUGCAGCUGGACGGGAUGAAGGACGCGACCGUAACGUACGCGAAGAGGACGUUUUUCGGCGCGGUCGUCCACGCGACGUGCGACGGGUUCCUGAACCUAUCGCUCGCGCGCGGGGAAGGAGAAGGAGAGGGAGAGGGAGAGGGAGAGGGAGAGCCCCCCGUCGUCGUCGACCUCGUCGCGGCGGAGGUGCGUUCUAUACACUGGUCCCCAUACGACCGCGUUGGCGAGGUGGACGCCGAUCCUUAA